GGUUGAAGAAAGCGGUACAAGCACAAUGGCUUCGUCAAGUUCACCUCGUUCUCAACUCAUUGACAUAACUUACGAUGCCAUUGCACUGAUAAUCUCCGGCCACCGAGAAGGCACACGUCCAGACCAGCUCUCCCAAAUCCUAGAACCACGUAUCGAGCGUCUCCAACGCGUAACAGAACCAUUCGCCCAACCCUCAGACGCGUCAAAGAACAAACUUGAAAGUGGUUCGAUAGAGCUUAACGAUGGUAUUACAGUCCCUGUCGAUGAUCUCAGCAAAGAACUCGCGUUCGCCAUGAGCGACCGGUUCCAAAUUGACCAAGUCGAGGCGUUUGUUCUUGUUCGAUCGUUCCUCUAUAACGAAGGUUUACCUGAAUUUCCGGAAGACCAGAGGUCGUCUGUCAUUGAAGAGGUGAUGACGAGGAUAACGCCCUUUUAUUACUCCGAACGUCUGUAUAUCGUACGCACGGUCGUCGCUCUGCUCAAAAGCUCGCAGACCCAGUCCGAUCCUUUCCACCACAUAGCCCCAACCCUCCUUCGCAAAAUCAUCCCAAACCCGACUGACUUCUCACUAAAACUCGCAUCAGAGUUUCUCCGAAAGACUCAACUAUCCGUCCCCCAAUUCGCGUCGGGAGGGCUAAAAGCCACUUCACAAUGGGCAAAGCAAAAUGCUAAAGAGCAGCUUGUCCUUGUUGAGUUGCUGUUCUGGAUGUUAUGGGAUUAUUGUCCUGUCAAUGCUCCUAUCGCAGUUGCAGUAUUCCAAACGGCGUACGAGGCCGAGUUUGGUUAUAGGCAAGCGAACAAGACGUCCAUGCUGGACGAAGAAGGAACACAAUUACAACGCGACCUCGCGUCGCUCUGGGUGCUCAUCACGAUCGAAACUCUACAAUUGGAGUACCUAUCGGAUACAGUCACCUAUGACGCCCGAGAGGCACUUUCAGAGAAAGGACCCUUACACCUAGCUCCAUUGGCUCUACUCAAAAUCCACAGGCUCAUCAUCGUUCACGCAAGUCCAGGUUAUUUCUGCACCAUGCUAGCCUGGGCAUUCUUCAUCAAGGCGAUUUCCGAUACGGCCUCUCGCAUGGCAGAGCGUCCUAAAUACCUAGUGCCAUUCUUACAAGAAAUCAGGUCCUCGUCGGAAGUUACUUUCAAGAAGGGAGAGAAGGAAGUUCAUGCAACGAUCGUUGCUGCGUGUUUACGUCCCGAGGCGGGGUUAUUUUCUUUCAUGCAGGAAUUACUUUCUUCUCCGCUGUUUAUGGCUUCCAAUGCUAUACGUGUUGGUUCGUCGGUAACGGACGCUAAUGAUAUUGCAUAUAGGGCUCUGCUGAAAGGGUUGAUUAUGUCUCUGACUGACUAUGGACCUGUGGAGCAUGUCCCAGAUUUCGACGGCUUUGUCGAAGUAUGGAUAGAACUAUUCGGCAACAGCGAAUCUCCCCGGUGCGCGGGACUUUGCAAACAGUUCUGGGACGUCGACUGGCGAAUGGGCAGCUCCCGACGUGCAAUCCUCGACGUCGUACGGUCUCGCUUUCCCGUACAGUUCCGCCCUCUAAUACGAAUUCUUCGAGCUAUGUCAGGGACUGUCCGUGCACAGUCAACGGACCCGGGUAUGGAGAACGACGCAUUUGGGAGUAACCGUGCAGAACGACACUUAUGCGCGAGUUAUGUUUAUCAUUACUUCCGACGACUCCCGACGUAUACGCAAGUUAUCCCUGCGGUAGCGCGAACUGGUGCUGGAGCGUUGUAUGAUCGGACGAUUGAACGUGUUGGUUCGUCAUCUGCUUCUGGAGCUGCUGCGUACGCGAAUUCGCGUCCUGUCACGCUACCUGGGGGUUCUCUACUUCCGUUGAAGUCUACCGGCCGAUUGUUAUGUGCUGAUAGCACUUCGGACCCUGUCGUCGUUGCAUGGCAGCACGAGCAUUCGGGGUGGAAGUUGCUGAUUGACGUCCUGAUUGACUACGUCAACCGCCGACAAGGUUUAUCCCGUGCUGCGAGUCGACUUGUUGACUCUGUCCAUAGCAGGAAGUCGGACGCUCCCGUUACCCUCCAGUUAAGUGACAUUGGUGUUGAGACAGGAGUCGAGGAUGAAGCUAUGGUCGCAGAUGCACUCGAGUUGGUCUUGAGCAUUAUACAAGGGAACGUACCUCAAGCGGAACAACUCAUGUCAUCGCUUGAACAAGGCGGGCAACCUGUAUCUUAUACCGCACGCGACGCGCCUCCACCAGAUCUCGUACAGCUUGCUUUCAUGAUCCUCGAAGACGCACUUUCUCGUGCUCAGAGUGGCAGGACCCGAGCUCCUACAAGUCUAAUUGCACCUGCUCUCGACAUCCUUUCUACAUUGCUUGACGUUCCGGCAUAUCGCAAUCGCGUCUGGCUCUCGUUGCGGUCAUCCUCGUUCCUUUUUGGUUCUGACAGAGAUGCGAACUUUGACUCGGUGAUCUUAUCCACUGAGCGUGCCUCAGGGCAUUACUUGAUGACGCUUGCACUGCUUCGACUCGUGCGCACCGCACUUGAGGAAACCAUCACUUCUCUUCUACCAACUCAACAAGAACAACCACGAUUACAAACUAUCAAGGAGGAAGUGCUUCUGAGAGCUAUACGUUUCAUUCAUGGACAGAUUUGGGUGGAACACUCCGGUUGGCGAUAUGCGCACCUUGGAGAUAGGUUUGAGAUUGGAAGGAGUAUCGUUGCGUUGUACUCGAGAAUCAUCCAGACGUCGUCUGCAGUGGAAUCUGCUCAUACGUUCGCUGGUCUAUCUGCUUUCGUCACGGAUGUUCUACUUUACCAAGCAACAGCAUCUACUGUCACUCCCCUCGUACACACUAUCGCGUCUGGCCGGACUAUCGUCGAUACACUUGCGAGUAUGCGCCGCUUCUCAGAAUCUAUAAGGUUUACGGCACUUCUUGGUGACAGCUUGCACCUCACGCGUUUGGUCUUGUAUCUCAAGACUAUCUCUCCGGCUGCGACCAAGCACACUGUCCUCGAACAGGCGUUAUGUACAGACCACUCUGCCGGCGGGAUGCUAAUGCGAGCACGGAAAGGACGAGUGAACCCAGUAGACAUGCUCGCACACUACGUGAAACAACGAGAACUAGGUCUCUACAUCCCACGAGAAGCCGCACGUUCACUCACUGCACUCUGCACGUCAUUAUCGGCAUGUACACCAUCUCCACCAUCACUCAUUCAGUAUUUGAGCGACGCACAGGCGACGAUGGCGAGCCUCGUGAAGAUUCUGCGUCAUCCGUAUGAUGAUCUUGAGUUACGGAAUGCGCUGUGGGCGUUUGUGUGUGCUGCUGUGGAGAAGCAGCCUGCGCUUGCUGUCUUGUUCGUUGCCGGGCAGUUCAGAAUCCACCCAUCGAAGGGGAAAGGCAAGGCUGUGGAGGGUCAGGAGAUCGAGAAAUUGUCUGAGUUGUCUUCGUCGAUGACUACGUCAGCUAGUGCAGUAGAGGCAGCCUGUGCCACUUUAUCUGGAUGGAAGGAGUUAUGGGAAGCAAACCCACAAUUGUUGGCUUCUGUCAUGAGUUUCCUUAAUAUCGUCUGGAAUCGGAGUCUAGAACAUCUAGCUACAUUAGAACCAACCCGAGGAGACGUAGAGUUCUGGAAACACAUCGCAGCCAUAACAAGGGAAGAACUCGGUCCAGCUCCAGAUUACUUUUCGGGAGGAGAGAUAGAAACAGAAGAAGGCACCCACUCCGAUUUACACGAAGCUGUCCAGAAUCAUGCGUACCGAACGAAAAUCAAGUCACAUGCUUUGCGAAUCUUGGGUUCGGACAUCGUGAUGCACUUGCGUUCGGGGAAGGAGGCGUCAAGGGAGCAGCCUACGAGCUACAAAGAAGCGGCGUCUGUCUUCCAGAAUGGUGAACUUCUCACAGAGGCGAUCUCAGAGGCUAUAUUCUCUUCGUAUGAUCCAACAUUAUACGAUCAGCUUACUGAGGUUUUGAAGACGAGCUUUGAACCUUUGACGUUUGAGAGUUUGCGACCGGUGGAGCCUCUCAAUGAACGUGAUUUCGGCGACAAUUUCAUGCUCUCUGUCCGCUUAUUACGAGACGUGCUUCGUACUGCGUUCGCGGCCGGUGGCGAGAAAGAAAUGAUGUCUGCGAAAGUCCAGCUUCUGGUUUAUUCCGUCAAUCUGAAUAUGUCUCUCGCGCAUUCACAGCUAUUCCUCGCAGAGUCGUGGCGUUUCUUGCUAGAUCAGAUGAAAGGGUAUCUACGUGGGAACAACGCUGCACGGACGAUACUGCUUGCAACGGCCGUAUCCGCUUCUCGAGACAUUGCUCGAGAGCAACGUUCGGGGGACUUCAUGUCUAAUAUCCAUGGUGGCCGAUUACAAGUCCUCCUUGCCCUUCUCGAAGCUGCAUGGUUCUCUACUUCAGAGACUACACAGCAGACCAAGAGUUUCAUGUCCUUACUCGAGAACGUCGGAAGUAUACUUACGAGUGAAGCGUUCCCUCCUGGAAGGUCUUUCAUAGGCUCCAUCACUAAUCCGUUCCACCGCAGCUUGUUGCAGAUCGUGUACUACUGCGCCAAGAACUGCCAACAGCUGACCCGUUCAUCUCAAGACGUGAAGGCCGAACAUCGGCUCUUGAUGAGCAGGACUUUCACCACUGUUCUUCUAUUAGUUAUCGAUGCGCUCCGACUGUCGUUUGACAUUGCACGGACGAGGUUGGAUCUGGAACUGGACAGGGAUAUGGAGCUCCUUGUCGCUGUGUUUCAGCAGUGUACACGACAGGGGUUACAUACGUCAUCUAAUGCAUGGCUCACCAGGUGUCAAGAAACGGAAGUGAUUAACACUAGCCUAAUGGUCUUAACACAGGCCGAUAUCUCGGGAUUCUCAGACCUAGACCUUCUGCGCAUUCGAGGCCAGCCUCUGUACGCCCCUCAGGUUCUGUCCUUCCACAUGGCAUUGGCAUCAACUUCAUUCACUGCCGAAAGACUUGCAAGUGAAAGCGUAAUAGCUGCGUAUUGCAACAACAGUAUUUCAGUCGCACUUAGCGAAGGCCAAGUGGACACGGCAUUGCCAGAACUCCCUGGCGAACGUAGUCCCGCACACAAAGCUUACUGCCUCAUGCUUGCAAACCUAACCGGCAUGAUCAGUAACCUCGCCAGUCCGCAGCAAUUCAUUGAAUCACAGGUAGUCGGCUUUGUACAACUGUAUGGCCAGCAACUUUCCAGGUGCCUUUCGUGGAGCAACGAUGAUCCGUUGACUUUGCCCUUCCUUGAGGAGCUUGAGCUUACUGUGGAACUCUUCUACCUCAUGGCAUCUGGUACUUCCUCGUCAAAUACUUCUCGAAGAGAAUCCUCGCCUAUCUCCUCCGUAUCCCGUUCCUAUGUGGAGCUUGCCCUUUUGCUUGUUCAGCAACUCAAUUACGCCCUGACACACCCGAAGCAUCUUAGUGGACUCUUAGAGCCAGUGACGGGAGAGGAAAGAGUGAGAAUUGAUCGGGAGACGUCGGAUGGGUCGGUGACAAGCCUCAACGAGCUAUUAGAUGGGACGAAACGGCCAAUUCUUGCAAACGUCGUUCGCCGUCUUUUCGGCGUGACUACAAAUGUGAUCUCAACGCUCAGUAUCAUUGGUGGGGCUGAAACUGUUCUCCUGAACGACCCCGAAGAAUGGCCCAUCCGCGAAGCCGUUGUUGUUCCGCAUUCCAAAGUAACGAUGGGUGAACCCGCAUCAAUUGGAACCCUAUUGGAGCUCGGUAACUGCUCCUACGAGUCACUCCAUUUCCUUGCAAAUAAGAAAACAAACGUUUUACCUGCGUCUUCGGUACAGGCUCCCAAAGUGCCCCAAUAUGGUGACAUACGGAUAUACCGACAGGCACUGGAGACGGUCUUGGUAUAUGCAUCGACUCAACUCGUCAUGUGGCUAUCUAAGCACGACGGCGAGCAAACUGGUGAAAUGGAGCUGGAUGAAUCGCAGCAGCCGUCGGAGGGCCAUGGGUACGGACUUAAAGCGGACGUAAGCACAACAAAGGACCGCGAACGUGAGCGACGGCUAAGGAGGAAGUCCCUUACAUUGGCUGAUCGUUUACGCCGGGGAAUGACGGGUGAGAUGACAAUGGACCUACAAGCGCUCGUCGCGAAAGCGAAGGAUGCCAUAGCGGCGAGCUCCGAGAUACUCGCGACGCCCGAACCUGGUGAUCUGUUACAGGUCUUGGCAACCUUCCUAGAAGACCGCGUGGCUGUUUCGUCGUGA